AUGUGUUUCCCCUCAACCCAUACCCAGUUUCUGCCAGAACCUAGAGCAGGACAAGGCCUGCUGCUCUUCACCCAGCCUGCCUAUAAUGCCUCCAUCUUCGAGAACUCUGCUGCAAGAACCUAUACCAGAAGUGAGGUCAAAAUGGGCAUAAUCCUUGGGCCACCUCGGUCUUUAGAUAUAAACUAUUCCAUUGAGUCUGGAGACAGUGAGGGAAUCUUCCAGGCUGAGGAAUUUGUAAUUGGAGAUUUUUGUUUCCUCCGUAUACGCACUAAUGGAGGCAGUGGUGCCAUACUGAAUCGGGAAGUACAAGACAAUUACACACUGACAGUAAAGGCAUCUGCCCAAGGAGGCCAAGAGGCCUUAGCCACUGUUUAUAUCAAGGUCUUAGAUACCAAUGAUCUCCGACCUCUCUUCUCCCCAACCUCCUAUUCAUUCAUUGUGUCUGAGAGUGCCCCUCUGGGUGCCAGCAUAGGACGUGUAACUGCCACAGAUGCUGACAUGGGCUCCAACGGGGAGUUCUACUACUUCUUCAAGAACAGAGUUCAACUCUUUGCUGUUCAUCCGACCAGCGGGGUCAUCACCUUGACAGGUCAGCCCAGGAUGGACAAGCAAGACCGAUUUGAGCUGGAGGUGCAGGUGGUUGACAGAGGGAUGAAACUGUAUGGGAACAAUGGUAUCAGCAGCACUGCUAGGCUGGUCCUGACUGUGGAGCGGGUCAAUGAAUUUGCUCCUGUUCUCAGUGCAGUUGCUGUCGUUCCAUCAUCGGUGGACAAGGACUCAGUCUAUGCCAAAGUGACUGUGGAGGACAAAGACGAGGGGGUAUCUGGGGAUAUAGAAUGGGUCUCCAUCAUUGAGGGUGACCCCUUUGAACAGUUUGUGGUUGAUCGAUCGCCUGUCGGAAAUGAGUAUAGGGUUAAAACCUCAGAAUUGGUCGACUGGGAUGCAUUCCCUUAUGGCUGCAAUUUAACCUUCCAGGCUAAAGACAGAGGUGUACCACCUAAGUUUUCUAAUACCCAAGUUGUACAGUUGUUGGUUACAAAGCCAGAUCCAGUGUUGGCAAAGUUUGAGAAAGAAAUUUAUGUAUUUAAGCUGAGUGAAAUAGCUCCCCCAGGCACUAUUGUAGAGGUGGUGAAAAUCUUUCCAGCUCCUCUGAGUGUCAAUUACAGCUUCAGCAGCCUCUCAGAUCCAAUGUACUUUGAUAUAAACCCUUUGACUGGAGUUAUUACGACCACAAGGCAGCUGACAAGGAUAUCGCAGGAUUUCAUGGAGAUGGAGGUGGUUGAUAUGAUUAGUCAGCAGCGGUCGAGGAUCCAAAUCAUCAUAGAAGAUGCUAAUGACAACUCUCCAGUGUUCGACAGGCCAUUCUAUGAUAUUGCAAUCAACGAGAGCUUACCUGUAGGCACUGUUGUUCUUGUAGUGUCUGCUGUGGAUGAUGACAAAGGAGAGAAUGGGGUUGUCACCCACACAAUAAAUGGUGAACAGUCUCUUCCAUUUACCAUAGAGCAGGACACAGGGGAGGUGAGGAUCACAAGAGACCUGGACUUUGAGUCAUCAGAUGAUAUUUAUACUUUUGCGGUGCGGGCUUCUGAUUGGGGUUCACCCUACAGAAGGGAGAGUGAGGUUAAUGUUACCAUUCGUCUGCUAAAUGUCAAUGACAACCAGCCUCUAUUUGAGAUGGUUUCUUGCAGGGGGAUGAUAAGCCGCGAUUUCCCUGUCAGCCAGACUAUUGUCACCAUGUCAGCUGUGGACAUAGAUGAAUUAGAAAUGGUGAAGUAUAAGAUACUGUCUGGGAACGAGUUAGACUAUUUUAACUUAAAUCCAGACUCUGGUGCUUUGUCAUUGAAGAGGUCGUUAGCAGUAGCUAAUUUAAAAAGUGGGAUAUUCAACCUGAAAAUAGUUGCAACAGAUGGAGAGAUGUUUUCUGAUCCUACAUUUGUGAAUGUAUCUGUGGUGAGGGGUAGGAUGCCACCCAGGGGGUUCAACUGCAAGGAGACUAGGGUAGCCCAGCUGUUGGCAGAAAAAAUGCUCUCAAAAGCAUCUGCCAUGGCUAGACCAAGACCAGAUGAGAGAAACACAGAUCUUUUCUCUAUGAACAAACAGGCUCCACAGUUUGAGGCCUUGCCCACUAGUAUUCUAGUGAGAGAAGACCUUGCUACUGGCACCAGUGUAUUUCAGGUGAGAGCCCGAGAUGGUGACACAGGCUUCAAUGGCCGUGUUCUCUUUUCCAUAUCUGAUGGUAACAAGGAAAACUGUUUCAAUAUCAACAUGGAGAAUGGGCUGAUAACUGUAUUGCAGCCACUAGAUCGUGAGCGUUUGGAUCGUUACUUCCUCAAUAUCACCAUUUACGACCAGGGCGUUCCUCAGAUGUCCAAUUGGAGACUACUGACUGUGAUCAUUGAGGAUGCAAAUGACAAUGACCCCCAGUUUUAUCAGGACAGCUUCUCUACUCUUGUUUCAGAAAACUCUGUCAUCGGUAUGGAAGUUAUUACCAUCACUGCAUUUGACAGAGACAUUGGCCAGAAUGGACAGCUCUCCUACAUACUGCUGACCAGUGUCCCUCAGUUUGGUAUUGACAGCGAAACAGGAAGUGUAUUUGUCGCUAGCCACUUGGACAGAGAAACAAUCCCAAUGUUCACCUUGAAGAUUGAAGUAAGAGACAAGGCUGAAAGAGGCACUCGAAGGUCGUCAGUCACUACUCUAAGUAUAAUUGUGGAGGAUGUCAAUGAUUGCGCCCCAGCCUUCAUCCCUAGCAGCUAUAAUGCUCGAGUACUGGAGGACCUCCCACCAGGGGCUGCGAUUACCUGGGUGCAGGCUCAGGACCCAGAUAUUGGCCCUGGUGGACAGGUCCGAUACUCCUUGAUAAAUGACUUCAAUGGCACUUUUGAGGUCGAUGCUGUGAGUGGAGUGUUGAGGAUUAGGAAGGAGCUGGACUUUGAGAAACAGCAGUUUUUCAACCUGACAUUACGUGCUGAGGACAGAGGAGUACCCAGCCUUAUCAGUCAGACAUUUGUUGAGGUGGAGGUGCGGGUGAUUUACACCGCCGGUAUCCUGGACUGUGAGACCAAAGACUCCUAUUGGCUAACAGUCUAUGCCACAGACAGAGGGGUUACACCCCUGUCAGCUUCUAUUGAGGUCUUCAUUCAGGUAGAAGAUGUCAAUGAUAAUGCUCCCCUCACUUCGGAUCCUAUUUACCACCCAGUCGUCAUGGAGAACUCUCCAAAGGAUGUGUCAGUCAUCCGUAUCCAGGCGCAGGACCCUGACCUCACCUCCACGCCCAGUCGUCUGAGUUAUCGCAUCACUGCCGGCAAUCCGCAGAAUUUCUUCUCUAUAAACCCCAAAACAGGGCUAAUCACAACAACUGCAAGGAAACUGGACAGAGAACAACAGGCAGAGCACUUCUUAGAGGUAACAGUUAUAGACGGCCCAGUGACCACCCGCCAGUCUACCGUGUGGGUCAUAGUUCACAUUGACGAUGAGAAUGACAAUCCGCCCACCUUCCCUGAGGUUACCUACCGCAUCAGCUUGACUGAACGAGACCGCAACAAACGUGGUGAACCGGUCUACCGUGUCUUUGCUUAUGACCGGGACCUUGGAGCCAAUGGCAACAUCACUUACAGCAUUGUUGAUGGUAAUGAGGAUGAAAAGUUCACUAUUGACCCCAGGACUGCUAUGGUGUCCUCAAAGAAGAUGGUGACUGCGGGAAGCUAUGAUAUCCUCACUAUAAAAGCAGAGGACAGCGGUGAUCCCCCAUUAUGGUCUACUGUCAAACUCCAUGUAGAGUGGAUUCGGAAACCUGUCCCCUCGCCUCUGCCCCUACUAUUCACCCAGAGGUACUACAAUUUCUCAAUUUCGGAGACAGCCGCUGUAGCUCAGCCGGUGGGAGUAGUCGCUGUCAGCCAGUCGAGUACACCUGUCUGGUUCAAUAUCAUCGGCGGUCGGCUCGCCAGAGAAAUGUUCUACAUUCCGCAGAAUGCAUGUGGAAGAAACUGCUCUCUCGACACAGGGAGCUUUGACAUGCAGUUUGACCUUCAGGUAGGGGUGGGGACUCUAGUUGUGGCCAAGCCCCUGGAUGCAGAGGUGCAGUCUGUGUACAACAUGACUAUACAAGUGACAGAUGGGACCAACUUUGCUACAGCACAGGUGUUCAUCCGAAUACAAGACAGCAAUGACAACCCUCCAGUCUUCUCACAGCCAGCCUAUGAUGUCAGUGUCUCAGAGGACGUGCCAGUAGACAUAGAGCUUCUGCGGGUUCGAGCGUCAGACAUGGAUGAACGUUCCCGUUUGAGCUUCUCCAUCUAUGGUAGUGUAGACCCAGCCAGUAUGAGACUGUUCCGGGUCAAUCCCGGUACGGGGGUUGUCUACACGGCAGACCGGUUGGACUACGAGGCUAGGACACAGCACAUCCUCACUAUUAUGGUCAAGGAUCAGGAGUUUCCAUUUAACCGUGACCUGGCUCGUAUCCUGGUGGCAGUGGAGGACUCCAACGAUAACAUCCCCUACUUCACCAGCACCGUAUAUGAUGCUGUGGCCUAUGAGUCUUCUCCCAUAGGCACAUCUGUAGUACAAGUGACAGCCUUAGACAAAGACAAUGGCAUUAACGGGCAACUCACCUAUACUAUGGAAGCAGGUAACACCGGUGGUGUGUUUGCCAUUGAUAAUGCCACAGGCCUUAUCUUCAUUGCCAGGGACCUGGACCUCACCUCUGUGGGCUUUUACACCCUCACUGUGCGUGUCACAGACAGUGGAUUUCCUCCGUUAAUGGCCACAGCUUCGGUUCGCAUCUCCUUGAUACUCUCCGACUUCUCCAACCCCAAAUUCUCUCAGAAGGAGUAUCAGGCUGAGAUAAUGGAGAACAGCACUAUUGGAACACAUGUGACCACUGUUAGCGCUCUCAGCCGCUCAGCACUCAUUUAUGAUAUCACCAGGGGCAAUGAGGACUUCUGCUUCUUCAUCAACCAUCAUACUGGUGUAAUCAGCACGCGCAAACAACUUGACUUUGAGCAAACAACAUCCUACUUUCUGGUGGUGCAUGCCCUGAGCAUGGCUGGAGUGGAGGCCAGCACCACUGUCAUCGUCCAGGUGGGGGAUGUCAAUGAUAACCCACCUGUCUUCCAGCAAAUCAGGUAUGUGGGUGCAAUCAGUGAGGCAGCUCCAGUCAACAGUGUGGUGCUGGGAGAGGAUGGUAACCCUCUCGUCAUCCAGGCGACCGAUAGGGACCGCAAUCACAACGCCCUUUUAGUGUUCCAGAUCCUAGAUGAGACCGCUCGUAUGUUUUUCAGUGUGGACUCAGGGACUGGAUCAAUUCGAACGAUUGCCAGUCUCGACUAUGAGACCUUCUCUGAGUUCCUCUUCCGGGUUCACGUUAGAGACAGUGGUCAGCCUCCUAGGAGUGCUGACAGCCCAGCAGAGGUGGUUAUAAAGGUGAUCAACAUCAAUGACUCACCUCCAAAGCUAUCACAGGACACUUACGAGGCAGUACUCCUCCUGCCAACCUACAUUGGAGUCGAGGUCCUUAGGGUUGAGGCUACUGACCCCGAUAUUACCUCUGACUUCACCCUGAACCCUGACAAAUCCAUCACCCCCCAGCUGGUUUAUUCUCUGGUUGACCGCAAUGUAGAAUACUUCUCUGUGGAGCGCUACACUGGAGUUGUGACUGUCACAAAUCAGAACCUCAGUAAAGACCGUUACCGCUUCAAUGUGAAGGUGUGGGAUGGACGUUUCUCCAGCACCGCGUCGAUCACAGUGCUUGUCCGAGAAGCUAUAGACAGUGGCCUUCUCUUCACCCUCCCGGUCUACUCCGCCUCCAUCCCAGAGAACAUACCCAAUGUCACUGUCGUGACUGUUGUCAACAUGGUCGGCCACCGCCUCAAUGAGCCGCUGAAGUACACUCUGCUGAACGCUGGUGGGCGAUUCACGAUCCGGCCGACCUGUGGAGUGGUGCUCACCACCGGUGUGCCUUUUGACAGAGAGGAGAAAAGAAGUUACGAGCUUGUGGUGGAGGUCAGCAAAGAAGAUGAGAUACUGAGGGUGGCCAGGGUGACUGUACAAGUUGAGGUGGAGGAUGUGAACGACAAUGCUCCAAAGUUUGUGAACCUCCCCUACUACGCUGCAGUGCAGGUGGAAGCAGAGCCAGGAUCCACUGUUUUCAGGGUCACAGCCGUUGACCAAGAUGACGGUCUGAAUGGUGAUGUUACUUACAGCCUUAAGGAGCAGCACAGGAACUUUCAGGUGAACCCUGUGACAGGAGAGCUGACCUUAAAAAGGGCCUUUGAAGCAGACUUAUCUAAUGCAGAGUACAAAGUGGUCCUUGUGGCCACUGAUGGUGGCUUCCCUUCCCUGUCCAGCACGGUGGAGGUUCCUGUUACUGUAGUAAAUAAAGCCAUGCCAGUGUUUGACAAGCCCUUCUAUGGUGUCACUGUGAGAGAGGAUGUUCCCGUGGCCACCUCUGUACUGUGCAUCAAUGCCACGAGUCCUGAAGGACAAAGCGUCAUCUUCACCAUCACGGAUGGAGACCCUUCCUUCCAGUUUGACAUUGGCUUUGACACAGGAAUCAUCAGUGUCAUUUACCCAUUAGACUUUGAGACCAUGCAGUACUACCGGUUAACGGUGAAGGCUACAGAUACACUGACUGGGGCGAAGUCUGAGGUUGAUGUAGACAUCGUCGUGCUGGAUAUGAAUGAUAACCCACCACUCUUCCAGAACAACUCAUACUCCUCUGUGCUGGCUGAGAACUCCAUGAUCGGAACGACCGUGUUACAGGUGUUUGCCCAGGACCAAGACUCAGAGAAGAACGCCGUGGUGAGUUACCAGAUCCUAUCUGACAUCUACAACAGCACCGACUACUUCCACAUCGACAGUAACAGUGGACUGGUAUUCACGGCACGUAUGCUCGACUAUGAGCUCAUCCAGCGCUACAACUUCAUUGUCCGAGCGACGGACAGCGGAGACCCUGCCCUCAGCAGCGAUGUUAGUGUCACUGUGACUGUUACAGACACAAAUGACAACCCACCUAAUUUCAGCCAAGCGCUGUACGAGGCUUUUGUCAGCGAGCUGGCUCCCCAAGGACACUUUGUAACAUGUGUUCAGGCGUCGGACGCCGACAUCUGUGAUGCUCAUAGGCUGAGGUACAGUAUUCUCUCUGGGAAUGAUCGAAUGACUUUUAUGAUGGAACCAGAUACAGGGGUGCUCAGUCUGUCUAACAAGAGGCGACAAGGCAUGAAACUCUCGUAUCAACUAAAUGUGUCCGUGUCAGAUGGAGUCUUCACCAACACUGCUCAGGUGAUUGUACGUGUGUUGGGAGCUAACCUGUACAGCCCAGUAUUCAGCCAGAGGUUCUACCUGGCUGAAGUCCAAGAAAAUGCCCCACCAGGGUCAAAGGUCAUUCAAGUUCGAGCGACAGAUGAGGACUCUGGGCUCUUUGGUCAGAUCACCUACUCCUUCAUCAAUGACUUGGGGAAAACUCAGUUCACCAUUGAUGCAGACGGGGCCAUAUCCACCGUUCAGAAAUUAGACAGAGAAAAUCCUCUUAACAAGGACAUGGUGCUCACUGUUAUGGCCCUGGAUGGUGGAGGCCGUGCGUCAUUUUGCACAGUGCGAGUUGUUCUUGCCGAUGAGAAUGACAAUGCCCCUCGGUUCAGAGCUGUGGAGUACCGUAUGAGCAUUAAAGCAAAUGUUGCCAAAGGUUCUCUGGUCACACAGAUCCAAGCCACUGACCCAGAUUCUGGGUCUAAUGGGAGGAUCACCUACUCCCUUUACAGCGAGGCACGGCUAUCGCUGGUUGAUGUGCUGGAGGUGGAGGCAGACAGCGGUUGGAUGAUGACUAAAAGCACUGUGGACCACCUCCAGGGGACUGUGCUGUCCUUCUUUGUCAAAGCCACAGACUGCGGUUCUCCGGCCAAACACUCGCUGGUGUCAGCCUUCAUCCACGUCGUCCCUCCAGAUGCGUUUGUUCCCUCCUUUAGCCAGCCUCAGUACUCCUUCACUAUCCCAGAGGACACGGCAGUGGGAACAGCCCUGGGGUCUGUGUACACGGGCCCCGGACAGACCGGGUUCUUCACUGUAGUUGGAGGAGAGACAUUCGACAGUAACCAGGGAGGGACCUUCCUGGUGGAGAGGGAAACAGGUCUGAUCCGUCUGAUGAAGCCACUAGACUAUGAGCAGGUCAGCAUCUUCCGUUUUAAGGUCGCGGCAACAACAAGAAGAGACCUGAUCGAGUCUGUCUCCACUGUAGACCUGGAGGUUAAGAUUCUAGAUGUGAAUGACAACAAGCCAACGUUUGAGACUAACACCUAUGUAGCUACGGUGAUGGAGGGGAUGCCUGUAGGGACAAGAGUGGUCCAAGUGCGCGCACUUGAUCCAGACUGGGGCUCUAAUGGACAGGUGUCCUACAGCCUUGGACCUCUAAUCACCUACAACUUGGACUUGACAAAAGAGGCUCGCACCUUCACUGGCUCCAUCACUUCAAGUUCGGUUUUUGCUAUUGACAGUAAAACAGGCUGGAUCACCACAGUGAGUCAGAUGGACCACGAGGCCUGCUCCAGCUACAGCUUUGAGGUAGUGGCCUCCGAUCUGGGAGAGUUACAGUCUCUCUCCUCCACCACAGUGGUAACUAUCACAGUGUCAGAUGUUAACGACAACCCACCACUGUUUGAGAGGGAGCUGUACCGGGGUGCAGUAAAGGAGAGCGAUCCCCUCGGUGAGGUGGUGGCUGUGCUGAAAACCAAAGAUCGCGACGGCACAGAUCAAAACCGCCUUGUCAGCUUUUACAUCACCGGGGGAAACCCGAGGGGCGUGUUUGGCCUUGCCCUGGUGCAGGGAGAGUGGAAGGUUUAUGUGAGUGGUCUGCUGGAUCGUGAGCAGCAGGACUGGUAUCUGCUCAACAUCACAGCCAGUGAUGGUCUGUAUGUCGCUCGUACUGCGGUGGAAGUUACCGUCAUGGAUGCCAAUGACAACAGUCCCAUCUGCAACCAGGCGGUGUAUAGCGCCUCUUUUCCUGAAGACAUUUCCACUAACAAGGGCAUCCUGACAGUGGGCGCAACAGACGCUGACUCGGGCUCCAGCGCUGAAAUUCAGUAUUCGCUGUUUGGCAUCGGGGUCGAAGAUUUCUACAUGGAUGCAAACACUGGUGAACUGCGUACGGCCACUGUCAUGGACCGAGAAAUGACACCCACCUACAAACUCAUUGCCCAGGCAACUGAUGGAGGAGGGCUGUUCUGCCGCUCUGACAUUUCACUCAAAGUAUUGGAUGUGAAUGACAAUGCCCCCUCAUUCUCCUCAACUCAUUAUCUGGCUAGUGUGUAUGAGAAUGCUGCACCCAAGGCAUUGCUUACCCGGCUGCAAGCCAGUGACCCUGAUGAAGGUCUUAACCGCACUGUGGUCUAUUCUCUGGUGGAUUCAGUGGGUGGAUUUUUCUCCAUCGACCCGGUGACUGGGAUGGUAAUUCUGGAGAGAUCUCUGGACAGAGAGAGCCAAGACACCUAUCGUGUUCGUGUCCAGGCCACUGAUCAAGCUGGGCAACAAGGUGCACUGUCCUCACAGGUUGAUUUGACCAUUUUGGUGCUGGAUCAGAACGACAACGCUCCAGUCAUCCAGAGGCGGGACUACGCUGUUACCGUCCCUGAGGAUGUAGCUGUGGGAACCGAGGUGCUGCGAGUCUUAGCCACGAGCGUUGACAUUGGACCUAAUGCUGAAAUCACGUACCACAUCCGGUCAGGCAACGAGUUAGGAAAGUUCGCCAUAGACAGAAACCUGGGCUCUAUUUCUGUGGCUGAUGAUUUGGACUUUGAGGUGUGUAAGGACUAUUACCUAACUGUUGAGGCCUGGGACAGUGGGAACCCCCCUCUCAGCACUGCCACCAUGGUAACCAUCGAACUCAUGGACGUCAACGACAACGCUCCCACAUUUAGUCAGAACAUCUAUAAUGUUUUGGUCAGCGAGGAUGCGUCCGUUGGGCAGACAAUUACAAGGGUAUUGGCAGAAGACUUGGACAGCCAGGUGAAUGGGCGUAUCACCUACUCUAUCCUGAAAGGUGACCGGAGUAACCACUUUUGGAUUGACCCUGUAACAGGACUGCUCAAAGUCAAUAAGCGUCUCGACAGAGAACUAGUGUCCAGGUACGCUUUGUCAGUGCAGGCGUUCGACAGCGGCUCUCCUGCCAUGUCCUCCACUGUCACCCUUAACAUUGACAUCUCCGAUGUUAACGACAACCCUCCCGUCUUCAACCCUCCCAACUCCACAGCCAUCAUACAGCUAAACCAAGCUGCUGGCACCACCCUGCUGAAGCUGUCAGUCAGCGAUAAAGACUCUCCUAGAAAUGGCCCCCCCUUUGAGUUUCGCAUCGUGUCAGGAAAUGAGGGAAAUUUCUUCUCCCUGGACCAGACUGGAACUCUGAGGUCCAACCGUCUGUUUGGCCCUGAAGCCCCCAGAGAGUUCACUCUUGAAAUCCAGGUGAGUGACUCUGGUAAGCCAAGACUUACCUCUUCCUCCUGGACAUUUCUGAGGGUCAUCGGGAACAGUCAGUACAAACCCAACGUCUCUCCCUUGGAAAUUUUCAUUGUCAUGGUAACAGAUACUUUCCCAGGCGGGCCAAUUGGUCGGAUCUAUGCAACCGACCGCGACCCCAAUGACGUGCUGUCGUUUACCCAGAAACUUCAGCCCAAGAGCAUGUUUAAGAUAAACAGACAGGAUGGCAGCAUUGUGGCUCUGCCGGGCCUGGAACCUGGCAGGUACCAGAUGAAUGCCACAGUGAGUGAUGGACGUUUCGCUGUGAUAGCUGAUGUGUCAGUCCAGGUCGAGCAGGUGACAGACGUGCUGCUGCGUAGCGCCCUGACUUUGCGUUUCACCUCCCUAACCCCAGAGGACUUGCUUGGUCGCUAUCUGAGCCAGAUCAAACUAAUGUUACGGGGACUAGCCGGAUGGAAAUGGUCACCAGGACAACAGGAUCCCCUUCACAUACUCAGUGUACAGUCAGUGAUGGGGACAUCCCACGUGGACUUGCUUCUGGCCAUGGAGAGUCCAGAGACAUCGGGUGGGUUCUACUCCCCACAAGAGUUGUCUGCAAAGCUGGAGGAAGCCGCAGAGCGUGGCCAGAUUCGAGGUGUCCUAGCUGGGGCAGUGGUGGUGAGCAGUGCUUGUUCUGGGGAGCUGGAGUGUGGUGAUAGGGUGUGUGAACAGACACUGGUGAUUGAGGGUGGCUCGCCUAUCACCUACAGCACAGAGAGGGUUAGCUUGGUGUCACCAAGGUUCAGCCCUACAGAGAUCUGCACCUGCCCUGGCGGGUCAUGCCCGACUCCUGUGGAGCUUUGUGAAGGUCAGUCCUGUCCAGCAGACAUGCAAUGUGUCCGUUCUGGUCCUACAGCGCCAUCUGUCUGCCAGUGCCAGCCUGAGAGACUAGACGAGUGUGCAGGCCAGACCUCUCUGAGUUUCUCUGGAAACAGUUACAUCAAGUACAGAGUGACAGAGAGUGGCCAGAGUGGGGAGAUGAGGCUUGGCCUGAGAAUCAGAACACUUCAGAGAACAGGAGUCAUUAUGUUCACACGUGUUAACCCUUGUACCAUGCUCAAGAUUGAAGGGGGUCGACUCUGGUUCCAGUUGGACUGUGACAACACCCUUGGCAUUAUGGGUAUCUCUGGCAGACCAAUAAACGAUGGCCUCUGGCAUGCCGUAGCCUUGGAGCUCACUAGGAACUACACCCUCCUGUCUUUGGAUGACAGCUAUGUGGAGCGCCGCCGAGCAGCCCGAGCCCCAGUUCGCCUUUGGCCUCUGGCCCCAGAUUCGUCCUUUUUCUUCGGGGCCCAAGUGAGGCCACCGAGUGGGCAAGGGAGGGUCCCGCCGAGAGCCCAGGAUGGAUUCCAGGGUUGCCUGGGCUCACUGAUGCUGAACGGCAACGAGCUGCCACUCCAGAAUAAGAGGAGCCGUUACGCGGAGAUUGCCGGGCUGAGCGAGGUCAAGUUGGGCUGCGUGCUUUUUCCAGAUCCAUGCAUUAGUCAGCCCUGCCUCAAUGGAGCCAUUUGCAGCAGCCUGCCCUCUGGAGGCUUCAUGUGCAGUUGCAGCGCUGGUUUCACUGGGGGGCGCUGUGAAAUUGAAUUGACAUCCUGCAUGCCAAACCCAUGCCAGAACGGUGGGGACUGUAAGCCUGUAGGCACUGCAUUCCUCUGUGGCUGUCCCAAAGGACUGAGGGGACUUAUAUGUGAUGAGGAUGUAAAUGAGUGCGACCAGGACGAGUGCGGAAAUGGAGGAGAGUGUGUCAACACAUUUGGGUCGUUCUACUGUAACUGUUCAGAGGGGUACGAGGGUCAAUUUUGUGAUGAUAUGACGGCUGGUGAUCCGGGAGAUGACACGCAGGCGGAGCCCCUGUCUUACAUCGGACCAGGAGAGAUAAUUGGCAUUGGGGUCCUUGCCUUUGUCAUCAUUCUCCUCCUCAUACUCUUCAUAGCCUUUAGGAAGAAAAUCAAAUUUAGGAAAGAGUCCGACCCGGGCCCAGGGACUCAGGUUGUCAUGGGUGUGUCAGCUAUUUCCACAGAAACCAGCUACAUGCUGCGCAAGACUGGCAUGGGGGCUGAAGGGAUUGAGUUUAAAGCCGUGCGUGUAUCAGGUUCACCAGGGACCACAAGCACCUAUGGUGAAGUGGGAGGCAGCACUGGGGGUCCUCCCCAGGUCAUGGUGCGUCCGACUGCCCACUCCCCUCUACCAGGAGGACUCAGCAACCAGGGCAUGAGGAGUGGGGAUGGUGACAAGACCACUUCCAGUGAAGGCAGUCAGUUCAGCAGCUUCCUCUCAGACAUAUCUAACGUCCGAGGUGUGGCCAAUAGGAGGGGAAUUGCAGUGUGCAGCGUGGCACCCAAUCUCCCUUCAGCAUCGGCGUGCCGCUCAGAGCAUAGUCCAGCCCACAAAGUGUCAUGGGAGGGCGAGGAAACCAGUGAGGAAGGGCUGGAGAGGGUGAGAGAUGAGAGAGAGGAAGAAUGGGGCCAGAGAGCUUUUGCGUUGGAGAGAACACAGAGGGAUAACAGUCCACAGGACGUGUCAGAGCUGGUGGAAGAAGCGGCGUGUCUGUCAGAUUCCACCUCUGAGGAGCACUCCCUCAGUUCCUACACUUCUGAGUCCUUCGAUGACAACGCCUCCAUAGUGACAGUCAUACGUCUCGUCAAUGAUGCUGUUGAUAAUAUUGAAAGUGAAGUGUCGAACAUGGACAAAGAACAGCGGCGGAACAGCCCUGCGAGGCGCCACCUGGAGAGCAAAGAUGAGAUUUGUGUAGAGUUCAUCAAAGAGUACAUUGUGGAUUCAUACCGCUGGGAGUCUUCCAGUCAGACUUCGAGCUGGUUGUCACCGUCACGUCUGCGUCCACCAGAGGUGGGAUCCCAUUACGACCUCAGUGACACCCAGCAGAACAUCAGACGAGGAGGCAGUACACGGUCUCUCCAGCUGGACUACAGAGUGAUGGGCUAUGGCGGUGACAAGGGCCAAGAGAGGGGACGGGAGACCGAGAAGAGGACCUUCCAGUGGGAGAGGAAUCAGUCAGGUGAGUGGGAGCGGAAAUGCGUCCUGGACAAAGAAGAAAAGAGACGGCACGAUGGGGAAGGAAAGAACACAGGCAACAGGAGCAGAGACAUGGGGAUGCGCCAGGACCACAGAGACCGUCAGCAGUUACAGGGCCAUGACAGCUGCGAAGACAGCUCCUCGCCUGUUUACGAGGAAUAUCGAGAAUCCAGCCAUGGCCCAGAGCAAACAGAAGACACAGAGAGCCUUUAUGAUACUCUACCCCCAACCCGACCAGCCUAUGAAGGAUACCCGUCGAGCCCCCAAGGCAUCAACCUGCAUCCAGCCCAACUCCUGCCCCCUCUCAGAGCGUGGGACUUACAAACAGGGGAGUGGAGGGGAACACAAGAGGAUCGUGGAGGGCUCGGUUCCAGCAGUCUGGCAGGUUCUGGGGACGAGCUAGAGAGACUACUGAACCUGGUGUCGCUCAGAGCCAGGAGAGCCACGCGAAUAAACAGAGCCUCUACUAGAUCUGAACCCACAACAGACUGGGAUGGAUUUAAAUGA